AUGCAUUCACUCUGGAGGCUCCUGGUCCUCCUCAGCUCACUGGCCUUGCCCUUGGCACUCCAUAAGCAGCACUGGCCUGGCCUGGCCAAGACCCACAGAGACAGCAAAUCGGGUCUGGCGAGAAUUAUUGUGCAGGGCCUCACGAAGCGCAAUACAGAGUGCCGAAUCCAGAACAUCCGCUUCCUGGACAGUCUGAAUGCCUCCAGGCAGACGGCCUCGGGGAUGGUGGGCUGGCUAAUUGGCAGCAUGAACCUUCAGCAGCAUCAAGAAGGCAGCGCCAACGUCACCAACAUUCAGCUGGACUAUGGUGGGAUCCGGAUGUCUUUCCAUAAGGAGUCGUUCUUGGCAAACAUCUCACUUGAAUUUGACAUUGACUCAAGGCUGCCCUUCAAUAACCAGAUCAUAAAGACACACGCACGCAUGAACCUCGCUGUGGAGUUCUGGCUGGAGAAGGAUGAGUUUGGCCGGAGGGAUCUGGUGAUAGGCAACUGCCGCGUGGAGCCCAGCAGCAUCCGCAUGACUGUCCUCGAUGAAGAUAUCCCACCAAAGAUGAAACAUUUUUUCCACAACCUCAGAAACAACCUGGAAAAAGUUAUCCCACACCUGAUAGAAAGUCAGGAAUGUCCUCUGAUCGAUGAAAUCCUCAGGCAGCUGGAUGUGAAACUGUUGAAAAGCCUCAUGGAACAGGCCAUUGCUCAUGAACUCAACCAACUUUGA